AUGGAACAACCUCCUGGGUUUAUUAGUUCUCAGUUUCCUCAUCAUGUCUGUCGCCUAAACAAGGCUCUCUAUGGUCUUAAACAAGCACCGCGGGCCUGGUUUCAACAUCUCAGCGCAUUCUUACUCUCAAAUGGUUUUCUCUGCAGCAAGGCCGAUACUUCAUUGUUCAUCUAUAAGAAAGGGGCUUCUAUUGUCUAUCUCCUUGUUUAUGUCGAUGAUAUUAUAAUCACUGGCAGUGAUCCUCAGCUUGUUCAGUCUUUCAUCACCAGAUUGCACAAGGAGUUCUCGGUUAAAGAUUUGGGUGUCUUGGGAUAUUUUUUGGGACUUGAAGUUACUUAUUCAGACACAGGACUCUUUCUUAGUCAAGCCAAGUAUGCUCAUGAUAUUUUAGCUCGUGCAGGCUUAUUAGAUUCCAAGCCAGUUGACACCCCUCUUUCCACCACUGAUACCUUCCAUCGUACCGGUGUUCUUUUCCACGAUCCCACACUUUACCGGUCCUUAGUUGGUGCUCUCCAGUAUCUCACCAUCACUCGUCCGGAUCUCUCUUAUGCUGUUAAUCAAGCCAGUCAGCAUCUACAGUCUCCUACCAUUUCUCAUUUUCAAUCAGUUAAAUGCAUACUACGCUAUGUUAAGGGGACGCUUGCUUAUGGCUUAACCUUUUCUAAACCACUCACUACAACCCUAGUCGGCUACUCUGAUGCUGAUUGGGCUCGCUGCAUUGAAACAAGACGAUCUACUUAUGGUUAUUCUAUCUAUUUAGGUGGUAAUCUGGUUUCCUGGAGUGCCAAGAACCAACCAACUGUAUCUAGAUCGAGUUGUGAAUCUGAGUAUCGGGCUAUGGCGAACACUGCUGCAGAAAUUAUUUGGCUCACUCAUCUUCUUCGCAAGUUACAUGCUUUGCCCAUGGAUCGGCCUACUCUGCUCUGUGAUAACAAGAGUGCCAUCUUUCUGAGUCAAAAUCCUGUUUCUCACAAACGGGCUAAGCAUAUUGACAUUGACUAUCAUUUUGUUCAUGAACUUGUUUCGUCGACACAACUUCACACCAAAUUUGUUCCGUCCAAUCUUCAGGUUGCAGACAUCUUUACAAAAAGUCUUCCCAAGCCACUCUUUGAGAAAUUUCGUGGCAUGCUUCAUGUUGGUCCUCCACCUGUUCGAUUGAAGGGGGGUAACAGCCUACCGUAA